UUUACAUGAAACUACAUGUCCGAGUACCCAGGAAUACCCGUACAAAAUGGCAGACCCGUAUACAUUUAAUCAACAGCAGAACUAGGGCUACUAAACGGGAUACUUAAAGGAUAUUAUUUAACCAAUAGUCAAUACUAAGCACCGAACAGGUGCUCGUUACCGUGGAAUUACCUGUACGAAAGUGAAGAAUGCAGGCACCUUGUACAAAUUCAGAGGCUGUCAAGCGAUGUAUGUCAUUUCCAGACAAACCACUGUCUAGUCAGAUGCGCUAUAUUGAACCACGGCCACCUUAUGCUGCCGGAAAUAAUGUGGUCAAGCGUGACAGACCAUAUUCAGCUCCAAUGCGACGCAUCACAACCAACAGUCACUCAGAACCCUGGCGUGGACCAAAGUACGACCGAGUCCCAGCCCGGCCCAAUUACAAUGUGUCACUCCAUCACCACACAUGGGAUACAGAGUUCAGUCGGCGGGCCCCUUAUGCACCCCGGAAAAAAGAUGUGUAUAGCAACUCCAUGUAUGACCCUGUAGACAGAGGGGGUAAGACGCCCCCUUUUCCACCCUAUGACCCCCUCAACGACCCUCAUCUCUCAGAAUACUUUGAUCGACGCUUUGGACUCAUACAGGCAGCUGCUGCAGUGAAACGAGGCUGGGGGUCACGACCCUCUAGUGCCAGUAGUUACAUGACAGGAGGAAGUAAGAGAUUUAAGACUGGUUCGGGAAAGUCCUCAGGAAACGAGACAGCACUCUACAAGGUUGCUGUUACCACAGGGGACCUAAAGAAUGCAAGCACAGAUGCCAAAGUUUUUGUCACUCUAAAAGGUCUGAAGGGUAAAAUACCUAAAACAAGGCUCACCAAGAAAGCUGGUUCUGUCAAAUCUAACAAAGAUGUUGCCUUCCGAUUCUCCCGAGAUAGCACUCACAUAUUCAAAAUCCGUGGACAGAAUGUGGGCAACCUUAAGUCUGUAGUCAUUGAGCACAAUGGUACAAAGAAGGAGGACGCCUGGUUCCUUCGGGAGAUAGAAGUCGUCCACGUCAAGAGUAAGAAGAGCUGGGUGUUUGUGUGUAAUCAGUGGCUGUCCCUCGUCCACGGCGACCAACAAACACAGCGCGAACUAUUCCCUCGCAUGUCCCCAAAUACCACUUACGAGAUCGUGACGGUGACUGGUGACAAGAUGAAUGGAGCAACUAACGCCAAUGUGUAUCUGACAAUCUACGGUAGAACCGGUGCUACAGAGAAAAUACCGCUCAAAAACAACACAGGCAAAACGUUUGAACGAGGCAGUAGUGACAUUUUCAAAAUAAAGACAAAAUGUGUUGGGCCGAUGCGUAAAGUGCGAAUAGAGCAUGAUAACACAGGGAUAGGAGCCGGCUGGUACCUGGAGAGGAUUGUGGUGUCUGACUUAAAACACCAGCAGUGGAAAUACUUCUUCCCAUGCGGACAAUGGCUUGCACGAGAUGAGGGAGAUGGUGCCAUUUCUCGUGACCUUAUCGGUAGCAAGGACCCAUUCGGUAUCAGAAAAGACAAUAAGUACAAGAUCACGGUUUACACCGGUGAUGGGCGCGGAUCUGGUACAGACGCCAAUGUGUACAUCACUUUGUUUGGGGAAACAGGAGACUCGGGGGAGAAACGACUCGACACAACUUCAAACAACUUCAGACGUGGAAAGUCGGACGAGUUCAUGUUGAAAUCACCAUGCUUGGGGAGGUUGGAACGUGUCCGUAUCGGACAUGACAACUCUGGAUUUGGUCCCGGCUGGUUCUUGGACAAGGUGAUUAUUGAUGACACCGACAACAACAUUGUGUAUGAGUUUCCGUGUAAUCGUUGGCUGGCUACGGACGAAGACGACGGUAUGACAUCCAGAGAUCUCAUUGUCAAUGUCGGGCCAAUGAACAUCGCUCCAGGAUUCCCAUUUGUGAUUACGGUAACAACGGGGGACAAAUCAAAUGCUGGUACAGACGCCAGAGUUUUUGUGGUUAUGAAUGGACCACAGGGAAAAACAAGUGGAAAAGUUUGGUUGGAGACUGGGAAAUUUGAAAAAGGAACGACCGAUAUCUUUAAUGUCGACAUGGUGGAGAUGUUGAGCCCACUCAAGGAAAUAGAGGUCGGCCAUGACAACAGUGGGAUUGGACCUGGCUGGUUCCUGGACCAAGUGAUUGUCUUUUGUCCAAGUACAGGAAUAGAACAGGUGUUUCCUUGUCAGAAGUGGUUUGCUACAGACAGUGGCGAUGGUCAGAUACAGCGAACUCUCAAAGAACAAAAGGCAGUCCGAAAGACCAAGGAAAAGAAGAUCCCAUGGCUUGUUGUCAUAUCUACUAGUGAUAUAAAAAGUGCGGGUACAGAUGCAAAUGUCUACAUGGUUGCCUACGGCGACAAAGGAAAAUCUGACAAGGUUACAUUGGACAACAAAGGGGACAAUUUUGAGAAAGGGCAGACGGAUCACUUCAAGGUGGGCAUGGUGGACAUCGGCAAGUUGUAUAAGAUACGUGUAUGGCACGACAACGACGGAUUAGCAUCGGGCUGGCACCUCCACAAGGUCAACCUGGAGAAUAUGACAACAAAGGAAAAGUACAACUUCAAGUGUGACCGCUGGCUGGCUGACGACGAGGACGACAAAUCGCUCAUACGUGAAAUGCCAGCGGAGAGUAAAGAUAUCAAUAAACCUUUACCUUUGGUGAAAUACGUAGUGGAAGUUCAUACAGGAAAGAAAAUGAGAGGUGGAACGGACGCCAAUGUGUUCGUCAACCUGUUUGGUGAACUGGGUGAUACCGGCGAUCGUCCUCUUAAGGAAUCCAAAACCAACAGAAAUAAAUUUGAGAAGGGAAAUACGGACAUUUUUACACUAGAAGCAGUGACCUUACUCAAGUUGAACAAGAUCAUCAUAGGGCAUGAUGGGAAGGGUGCAGGCUCUGGCUGGUUUCUGGACAAGGUGGUGGUCAAACAGGAGGGCAAAGACAAAUACGAUUGUACAUUUGAAUGUGGACGCUGGCUGGCCACCAGUGAGGAUGACGGUCAGAUUGUCCGUGAGCUAACACUUGGCUCACAAAUGUUGUCCACUACCACAUACAAUGUUCAUGUAACAACCGGUGACAUCAGAAGUGCGGGAACAGAUGCCAAUGUAUCAAUCCAGAUAUUUGGGUCCAAAGGAGACACAGGAGAGCUCCAACUUCGGUCCUCAGAAAAUACAUCCAACAAAUUUGAGAGAGGAAAAACAGACAUGUUCAAACUGGAAUCUGUCAACAUAGGGGUGCUGAAGAAGAUAAAAAUAGGACAUGACAACUCUAAACCUGGUGCUGGUUGGCACCUCGACGAGGUCCGUAUAGAUGUUCCGUCACGAGGUGAACACUAUCUGUUUGCUUGUCAUCGCUGGUUAGCUAAGGACGAGAAGGAUGGCCUCACGAUGGUGGAGCUAGAACCCUCACACAAGGAAGAUCGUGAAAAACGUCUGCCGUACGAGGUGACAGUCUGGACAAGCAACAAAACAAGUGCUGGAACCGACGCCAAUGUCUUCCUUCAGAUGUACGGUGACAGCGGCAAAACGGAGAAGGAAGUCCUCAACAACCGCUCAGAUAAUUUUGAAGCCAACAAGAAGGACACGUUCAAGAUUGAAGCAUCUGAUGUCGGCAGGAUCCAGAAGAUUAGGAUCGGCCACGACAGUGUUGGAAUGUUUUCUGGAUGGCAUCUUGAAAAGGUUUUGAUCCAGAGACACCCAAUAAAGGGAACACGUAAGACCCCCAAGCGCAAACGAACUCCAUCAGCAAAUGAGCGACGGAAGUCCCUGGUGUCUGACCUACAAGAAAGAGAUGAGGAUUCCGACGGAAGUAACUCCUCCUCGUCUCCCACACCUCGCCGAAGAAGAAGUUUCAAGAAACACAAAGAGCCAGAGCUAAAGACAGUGGAAGAGGAAAGUGAGGAGGAUGUUUAUGAUGGCACAGAGACGGAGGAUUACUGGUUCUUUGUCAAUGAGUGGUUUGCUCGCAGCGAAGGUGACGGAGCUAUCCAAAGGGAGUUCACUCCCACCGACAAGGAUGGCAAGCCACUCAAGGGGGCUCUCCAAGAUGUCGAGUAUGAAAUACAUGUGUUUACCGGAAAUGUGCGAGGUGCAGGUACAGACUCCAAUGUGUUUGUCAACAUAUACGGGGAAAAGUUCGACUCCGGCGAAAGGCAGCUCAAAGAUUCAAACAACUUAAAUAAGUUUGAAAAUGGCCAGGAGGAUAUUUUCAAGAUGAAUAUUAAAGAUUUGGGACGGUUAGUGAAAUUGCGUAUUCGCCAUGACAACGCAGGAAUUGGUGCCGCCUGGUACCUUGAUAGAGUUGAAGUUGUUGAUACGAGGAAACGACAAACUUUCUACUUCCUGUGUCAGCGUUGGUUGGCGACAGGAGAAGAUGACGGACAAAUCUGUAGAGAACUGGUUCCUGUUGAUAAAUCAUUGCUUGGUAAAUCAGGAAAGGAUUCUGCUAGGGCUGAGGUCGCCCUGGAAACCAAAGCUGCCAUGACAACUUACUAUGUGAAUGUGAAGACAGGAACAGUAUGGGGGGCGGGAACUGAUGCCAAUGUUUAUAUCCUACUGUUCGGUGACAAGGACCAUACAGACACUAUCUUCCUGAAAUCAUCCAUGACAAACAAGAACAAGUUUGAAGGUGGACAGACAGACAAGUUCCUGGUGGAGGCUGUCAACAUCGGUGAACUUAAGAAAAUCAAGAUUGGCCAUGACGAUGCAGGAGGUGGCGCCCCCUGGUUCCUUGAUAAUGUGGUAAUUGACAGCCCGUCACUAGGCAAAUGUUGGGUAUUCCCCUGUAAUAAGUGGCUCAGCUCUAAGGAUGGGGAUUGUCAACUAGAGCGUGAACUCUGGCCACAGGAGCUAAACACCCAGGAGUACACACCAUGUAUCCCAUACGAGAUCAAAGUGUACACGUCGGACAAGUCAGGGGCGGGUACCAGUGCUGAAGUCUACAUCCAACUGUACGGCAAGGAGUUGUGCACCACUCAAAAACAGAUGUGUCCCACCAAACGCGAACGAAAUGACAAGUUUAAGCGCAAUGCCUGUGAUCUCUUCCUGCUUGAGAUGGAGGAUGUCGGGGACACAAUAGAGAAAAUCAGGAUUGGACACAACAAUUCAGGCUUGACGGCUGGCUGGCAUCUCAAUCGUGUCGAGAUCCGCAAACUCCACGAAACUGGACGGGGAUCACAGGGGUCAAUCACAUUUGUGUUUCCAUGUGACCGCUGGUUGGCACGAGAUGAGGACGACACAGCAAUAGAGCGGGAACUCAUCGCCGGCAAAGUCCAUCAAGAACUCAUAGGGAAAGAUGGACAGGUCAAGAAAAAGGACAUCAAACUCCGUGACCAGCUUCAAAACAAGCAUUAUGUAGUGAAUGUCCACACGGGAGACGUGAGUGGGGCGGGUACUGAUGCUAAUGUGUUCCUCACUAUCUGGGGUGACCGUGGUGACAGUGGGGAGAGGAAGCUACACAAGUCAGAUACCUACAGCGACAAGUUUGAACGCAACCAUAUUGAUGUCUUCAAGAUGGACAUUGUUGAUUUAGGAAACAUCUACAAAAUCAAAAUUCGCCAUGACAACUCAAUGUUUAACCCAGCCUGGUAUCUUGAUUAUGUUGAAAUAAUUGACCAAUCAAACAACCAGAAAUACAUGUUUCACUGUGAGAGGUGGCUCGCUAAGAACAAGGACGACAAAAAGAUACAGCGCUCCAUCUAUGUCAAGGGCUAUGACGGUGAGAUGGAGUCCAGCACAGGGACACUGGGUACGAUGAAGUCCACACGCUAUGGUUCUGUGGCCAGUCUCGACUCCCUGAAGAGUACCGACCCAUUCUCUAAGUCCCCCCGUCUAUCACGCAAACAGCAGCUCGCUCAGGAGGAAAUGCCUGAUGGUGACACAAUACCAUACACGAUUAAGGUGUCGACGGGGAAGGGGAAGGAUGACGGCACCACUAGUAAUGUGUGGGUGCGAGUCAUAGGCCCGCGCAAGAGGGACACUGGCCGACUGUUCCUAGAACUCGCUCAGAAGGAUCGUUUCAUGGCUGGUUCUGUAGAAACCUUCUCACUGGAGGCUGUAGACGUAGGCGAAGUCAAAAAGCUGGAGAUCGGCCAUGACGGUGAGGCUCCGGGAACAGGCUGGUUUGUGUGGGAGGUCAGUGUUGAUGUGCCAACCAAGGGAAAGCACUAUGUGUUCCAGUGUAAACAGUGGCUCGCCCGCGAUAAGUCUGACGGCAAGACGGUUAGGGUGUUCACUCUGGAUGAUGGUGUCAGUACUGUUACAUCAUACAAACCAAUGGUACAAUACGAGUGUGAGGUAACAACGGGUGACAUCACAGAGGCGGGCACGGACACUCAGAUCACACUUACAGUGUUUGGAGCCAAGGGCACUUCAGCUCCCAUCCCUCUUGAGAAGGUUGGAGACAGAUUCGAACGAGGUCACAGUGACCUCAUCAAGUUGGAAAUGGAAGAUGUUGCACCUAUAAAGAAGAUCAGAAUACAGACCAAUGGCAAAGGUAGCCGACCAGAGUGGCAUCUGGAAAAGCUGACGCUGCGUAGCUAUGAGACUGAUGCCCUAUCCGUGUUUGAGGUCAAUGAUUGGUUUGGCAAGAAGAAGGGCGUAUUAAUGCGGGACAUCGCUGCAAAGGAGAGAGGCAAAUUUGUCAUCAAAGAGACGUCCUACAAGAUUUCGGUGAAGACCUCUGAUGUGAGUGGCGCCGGAACAGAUGCCAAGGUGUUUGUGACUUUGUUUGGAGCCAAUGGUGAUACAGGUGAAAUCCAUCUGGAUAAGUCGGAAACGUACAAAGAUCCAUUUGAGAAUAACCAGAUUGAUGUGUUUACGAUACAAAAGAUCCUCAGUGUCGGAGAACUGUCCAAAUGCCGUGUGUGGCACGACAAUUCAGGGUUCGGUGCUGCAUGGCAUCUCGCCUACAUUGAGGUGGAGGACCUCAGUACUAAGAAGGUCUACACAUUCCACUGUGACAACUGGCUGUCCAAGAAGGAUGGUGACAAACAGAUCCUACGGGAGCUGACGUGUGGAACCAUCGCCAAACCUUCCACUGGCGACAAAGAGACGACCAGUUAUGAACUUGAGGUGAAGACAUCUGAUAAGAAGGAGGCAGGAACAAUUCACCACGGCUGGGUCAUACUGGAGGGCAGCAAGGAGAGUGUCAAAUAUAAACUGGAAAACAGCGCUCGUAACAAAAUACUUCGCAGGGGUAACACAGACUAUUUCCAAGUUCCGUCCCGCCCCCUGGGAAAACUUAAACGUGUGAUAGUGGGUGCGGCCGAGCGCGAGGACCACCCUCUCCAGGACAUGGAGGGCCACGAAGCUAUGUGGUUCUGCUACGAAAUCAAUGUCACGGACACCACAACCGGUAACAAAUACCUGUUCCCUUGCAAAAAAUGGAUCACGAUCUCCGACAGACUUUACUCCAAGAAAUACAGGGAAGUUCUGGAGGCCAAAUCUGUGGAACAAUCACAGGUUUCUGUCGUAAGAAAUCUGGCUCCGAUCAAGUAUGAGAUAAUCGUGUUCACGGGUGAUGUAUUUGGAGCAGGAACCAAUGCCAACGUCUCCAUCACAAUUUUUGGUUCCAAUGGUGACAGUGGUAUGCGUACGCUUCAGCAGAGUUUCCGGGAUCUGUUUGAACGGAACCAGGUCGAUAAGUUCCAGAUGGAAAUAUUGGAUUUAGGGGAGCUACACAAAAUCCGGAUCGAACAUGACAAUAGUGGGUUCCGUCCAGCAUGGUUCCUCGACAGAAUCGAGAUUGUCAACAUGGCAACAAAUAACACUACUGUUUUCCCAUGCAGCAACUGGCUGGACAAAAACAAGGGAGAUAAAUCUAUCAGCCGUGAUCUCCUGGCCAGGGAUUAAGACUACAGGAGAGGCUAUUUAGGAUUUUAAAAUUAAAUUAUCGUUCUUUUUUAAAAUUAGUGCUAAUAUUCGUGAGACUUUGUGAUAUUUUAAAAAUUUAGUUAAAAGUGUCAAAGCUUGAUAAAGCAAGUACCAAAGACUUGUUAUUGUUAACCCUUUCAACACUGUAGACCAUAAUGAACUCCUCCAUAUCAAAGCAUGGUAGAGUCUACUUAAGUUACAUUAGGGUGAAAGGGUUAACCUCAGAGAGAACUUAGUUCUUACUUCGUUUUAUCACAAAGCUUAUUGGCAUGACCUACCUUUUAGGUUAGUGCAUUUAGGUAUUAUACCUUAAAUAUUUAUGAAUAUUUAUAAGUAUCUUGAUAUGUUGACGUUUUAAAUUGAAACAAACAUUCCUGUGAACUAAUCAAAACUAUACAUUGAGCCUUAUAUUCAAAGCCUGGUUAGCUUUACGAGACAAUAUGUUAAGUUUUCAAAUCAAAUAUUACUGAAAAUUAUAAACAAAUUCUAUAAAAAAAAUUGCCUCUUGCCUUCAGGAUGUAGACAAUAAAUCAUUACACACACAAAUUUCGUAACGAAUGUUAAUAAUUUAACAUGCUACGUGUCAGUUUUUUGUAUUAAUUAUUGAUAAAGCUAACCAGGAUUGGAGUCUGGGCCUUGGAGGACUAGCAAUCUAGUGGUUUGUAUACCAAUAAAAAGUAGAUAUCUUUUAAUUGAUCAUGUUGUAUUUUUAUAUACUUAUAACUUAAUUUAUAUAUGAGUUGAACCAUCUUACCUCACAUUGAAGCUGUAUCAUAUAUACUGUAUCAUUGCUGGGAAUACAUUUAUUCAUGUAAUUUUGUUUUUGUACUUGUGAUGGUCGAUAAAAUCCAAAAUGGCUGCCAAUAAUAGAUCUUGGGAUUUUUCUGCCCUUAUAAAACAUGUUUUUCUAUAAAUCAUAAAGUUGUUUAAGAUUUCAUGUCAUUUUUAACAAGCAUUUCUGUGAUUUUCAUCCAAUAAGCUUACUUGUUUAGUGAUAUUUAGUCAUUAAAUGAAACCAAUAUUCCUGCUUACUCAGUCUGUCACUGUUGCCUUUUCAACCAUGUUUUGACUGAAAAAAAAGCCUAAACUUUCCAAUUCCAACCAGAAUACUGAAUGCUAUGAGGAACACAGAAAUUAGGGUACAAAAUUAAGGUAUGAUCUGAUCUGCUUCUUAUACCUGCUUCCAGUAGUGUUAUUGUUGAUGAACUAUUUUGAUUUUUGAAAAAUUAUCAAUCUGGGGACAUAAAAUUCUUCUUCUGUGUUUAUGAGUAUGAGAUCUAAAAAGAUUCCAGGGGUUCUAUCGGCCCUAGAUUGGAAAACUACUAUGAUAUGCCUCAGGGAGUUUACUCUGCUGCCUUAUCCAACGUUCCACUUAUAACUGUGAUUGUCUCCCCUUGUACCAGGACAUGAACCUACCGAUGACCUUCACCAGCGAUAUAGAGGUUGCCUCUUGUGUUUUUUUUAUACAUAUAUUUAACAUUCCGUCCUAGGUAGAAUAGUUCUGUUAAGUAGUAUCAUUUGUCUCAUUUUUCCAAUGAUCUGUAUUUAAUUUUCUUUUUUUCAUAGUGAUAGUCAAGGGGGAGUUCUGAAAAUUAAUAUAUUUUUAUGAAUAAGUCUUGGUAUAUAUCCGUUGUACAAUCAACAAGCCUUUUAUGACCCAGUGAAGUAUUGUAUCUGUACAGUGUAUAGAGGAAAUGUUUAACGACUCUUUAAAAGGAUUCUUUUCUUCCUUCGAACAGGUUUUCCUAAAUCUCGUCAUUAUUGUUUUUGUUUUGUAAUUUAGAGGUUAUAGACAUUUUAUCAGUGUGUAAAUAGCACUGCUCUAUGAACUGGUGACAUGAUUGUAUUUGUUGACAUUUGUAGCUAGUAAGUGUCUCAUCAUUUCAGACACGACUCUUUCAUUAGAAUAUCAACAUUUGGGUUUUGGGUAAAUUCACUUGUAAAUAAAAUGUACAUUUUCCUAUCUUUACUUUAGUAUAUCAUGCUUUAUGAUUUGUUUUUGCCAAUAGAAUAUAAUGUAUCAAUUAUUUUUGUUUAAAAAGGUAAAGUUAUUUAUAGACGUUUGUAUAUAUAUAUAUGUAUUUGUUUAUCACAUUACUAGAGAUGAUGGUUAUUACAUACAUACAACUUUACAUUUACUAGUCCUGUAUAUUAAUGUCUGAUUUGUUUACAAGCAAUAUAUAACACCUCACCUUGCUCUCCCUAGUACAUUUAUAAUACCGUAAACAUACUUACAUGACCUAAUACAAGCGCUAUGGUGAUAUGACCGAUGUAAAUAUAGUACGAUGUAUCAAUAGGUAAUGUAGUACAUUGAAUUAAUAACUACCUUAGGUACAUGUAUUGUCCUACCCACACAUUCCUGUACCCACAGCUGUUAAUGUGUUUUAUAUCAUUUGACAUUUGAUUCUCUUUUUCAAAUUGUAUGACAUUUUUAUACCAAUUCAUUCUAUUAUAGAAUCCAUCUCAAAUCACAUUCUACCUGUAUGUAAAACUGACAUAAAUGUACAAUCUAUCAAAUUUAUAUCUUAACUUACAUAGAUUAACAUUUGUGUCACAUUCAUAUCUUUAACUUUAAUGAAUAAGUAAUAUACAUUUUUAUCAGAUUUAUUUCUUUAUCUUACAUAAGUACAAAAAUAUUUUUAUCCAUAAAGCUUUGAAUGUUUGUCUAUUCCUCAUUUUUCGGGAAAUGAUUGCCUUAAGUGUGUAUCAGCAAUCCAGUAAUCUGGUUAUACACAGGUAUACCUAUAGCAUAUACACAUAAAUAUACAUAGGUAUACCUAUAGCAUAUACACAUAAAUAUA